AGUAUAUACUACGUACACACCCCAGUCACGCUGUGGAGGGCUUGCUGAGAGUCUGCCAACAGUCUCAUUUCCACUUUAGUAGAAAACGAUUGUAAAAGUUAAAAAAAAAAACAGUUUUGAUCAUUUGCAUGUAACCCUUAACUGGUUAAAGUUGAUUAAAUUUCAUAUUGUUUUUAAAAUAAAUACAGCGAUAAUUUAAUGAUAUGUAAGAGGAGGCUUUAUAUGUUAAUGAUAUCGUUCAUGUGUCUCGCAGUUUGUCAGUACCUCAGAACACACGCAUUUGUUUGUAAAGAUUUAAACUCGCGGAGUUUGGCAUAUUUUAUCAGUGCCCGAAAUCGCAUGGCUGAGGCGACUGGUCGAAUUAGCUCACGGAAGUACAGUAGCUUAGAAAAUUACAGAAACACCGGUAGCAGCUCUGAAAAACAAGCCACCAAUAAAAGCAAGAGCAGAGUCCGUGCAAUAAAACCCUUAACAGAAGAUGAGAAGGAAAUUGCAAAACUGCACCAGGAGGCCUGUGAGGCAAAACAGCAAACAUAUGUAGAUCCUCUAACAGGGUAUCAGGUACUGACCAAGUUUGCCCACCUUCAGAGAGGAAAGUGUUGUGGAAGUGCUUGCAGACAUUGUCCGUAUGGCCAAGUCAACGUGAAAGACCCAGCUAAAAAGAAGAAAUUUAAUUCAGUGUUUUAUAUUUAGCUAUGAACACUGCAAUAUACAGUAUGCUCUUACUUUGUAUGGAACAGAAUAUCACAGAAUACUCCUAACUAUUUUGAGAACAUAUAUCUUUUAAAUUUCAGAUGUAUUACCAAACUGAUGUGCAAUAAUGGUUAAUGUCUGAAAAUGUUUGCUUGAAUAUGCACUUCAUUAAAAAAUAAAGCUGAAUCAAUUUUCAACCUAAGGACUUCAAAGCUAUAGUACGAUUUCUAUAGUUCAUUUUCCUGAAAAGUGAGCCAAGUGAACUAAAGUGACAUGUUUAAUAGAAAUCAUAGAAUCCUUAGAAAAUAUAUGAUGAGUUUUUGUUCUAAUCUUAUGACAAAGCUUCCUGCUUUUGUUUUGGUGCUUCUUGUAUUCUCUUUCUGAUGCUUGUUAUCAACCUAAACAUACAACUCAAUGGAGCAUGAAUCAGAAAGCUCUAAAACACCAGUUAGAAAGUUUUCUAACCUAAGUAAACAUCUCUUGUAAUGGCUGCUUUUCCCAGUUACUCAGUAAGAAUAGUAUUGUUUGCCCUACCUGUUACCACCUGUCUUGCAGUUAAAACUUUUACUGUAUGUAAACCUUUCCUUUUAAAGGAACGUUAUAGUUUUAACACCUUAUUACUUGACUAAUUUCUGUCUUGCAUAACAACAAAAAAUGUUUCAAAACAAAAAGGUUUGCGUUGACAUCAGUUUUGCUCUGGAUUAAAAAUGUGGAAUUUGAAGUCUGAACUCCGGUAACAGGUGGCAGAAGUACUUCUGACUUUACACUCCAUUAUUCACAGAGUCAUGUUCAUGUUUUGGCUUUAUUGUAAUGCUAGGUUAACAGUUUUGUACCUAACGAGAAAAGCUAAAAACUGAUAAUGUUUUUUUUUUCAGAUUGCCAGUUUAAGAUAUUUUAAAUGUACCUUUUUAAGUUUGUAACAUUGUGUUCUUUUUCAAAAAACGGGUGGUUACCUGACCACAAGGUUAUACUUUUUUUAAUGAAGCCAAUGAAUGAAGUAUUUUUGUGAAAAUACUACGUCUCAUAGAGUCAAUUUCUAUUCUAUUACAUUUGUCACACAAAUCUGUCAUUUUUUAAUCUCCCUAAGGCACCUCUGCAUAGUUACUGUAUGUUGUUUGGUUUAAUCUAUUUUUCAUAAAAAUGCAACAUAGCCAAACACACCACCAGAGUCUCUAAGGAGAUGCAGAUAGUCAAGUCUGCAAACAAAUGGAAUUGCUGUGUAUUAGCAUAGUUUCUUUAGUUCUUUUAUAUUAAACCAAUUUUUGGA